GAGACAAGUCAUCAGCAUGUGAAAGAAGCACGUCUACAUCUCAUUUGCGUUCUCUUGAUACUCUUAUUGAAUUGUUGUCAAGUACCCGUAAUGAUGUACAGAGAGCAUAUGAUCUUACAAGGACGAAAGCCUCGGAGCUUCUUGCCUUUAUGAUUUCCGAUCUAGAUCGGGAAUUUAGCUUUGAACAAUUACACUCAGUACCAAUAGCUUACGGGUUAAAGAGUUACAGUUUACCAACAUGCACAGUUAGAAAAAUGAUUGAGACCGUCCUGACUGAAAGUGCAAGAAGGGGACUUUAUAUUCCUGUCUGUUCUUUUGAUGGACAAUGGUGGAAAGUUGCUGUUCGUGAUGAACAAAACCGGCCUUUAACUGUUUUACAACUACAGAAAGAUGUUUACAACAAUAUAAGAAAACUUUCCAAAUCAGAAAUUGUACGGAUUUUAUCUUCAAGGAAUGUUGUAAGAACAAGAGAAAUUAAAUCCUUCGAUGAUUUGAAGAGCUCUGUGGGAUUCAAAAUCCAACAACAACCGCGUCCAGCAAUUUAUCUUUGGAGCAAUUCAGAAGAUAAAGCAUUUGUAAUGUCCCAAAGAACUGUCCAUGUGUUGAGAGAAAAAUCUAAAUGUCCAGAGAUAAGAGAAGAGACUCAGAGCGAGAUAGACAAUGGAAUAAUGAGGUGUCUUCCUACAGCAGUUGUUUCUCAGAUGGAUGACGAUCUCGUAAUGGAGGUGCAGUGUAUUGAAAAACAGAAUAGCUCACCCAGUUCCAAAUGUAGCGAUUUUGAUGACUUGACGGCAUUGUUUAGUGAAGAAAAUGAACCACAGGAUUUAAGUACAGAAGAACCUAGACAAAAUCAGAUGGAUAAUCCUGAGAAGACAAAUAUAAAUGCAGACUUGGAAAACUCAAAAUCCACGGAUUCAAGGCAAACGGACCCUAAAUAUUUACAUGUGAAUUUGUUUUCCAAGCUGCUAGGCAACAAUACUGAACUGCCUACUCCAACGUCAAGAAAGACCUACAAGGUUAACACACUCAAAGCACUGUGUAGAUCAUGCCUUAAUAAGAUACCUAAAGAAAAAUUAAACAUUGUGCUGUCGGAAAAUGUAUUUCCUGUAGAAUUAGAAAAAUGGUACGGAUCAUGUCCAUAUGGAAAGAACAUUAAUAUUGAAGGAAGUUCAUCUGAGAAAAGAAAGCAAUGGUACAGUUAUCCGGAAAUGAAUACUUGUGUGGGAUAUUAUGUUUUUAUGAUACUUGAUGCUUAUCAUCAACUAUGUGGACUACGGAGACUUUUAUGUUCAAACGGCAUCCCAGAAGCUGGAAUAUCAAACAAACCUUUGCACAAAGUUGCUGAGGAGAGUGAAUUCAAUGGAUGUGGUCUCAGUGUGGCUCUUGUGAAAGACAUGAUAGAUAAGCAGAGUGUCGCAUAUGCAGUACAGACAUUUUCGGAAAAGGUAGAGUCAGCAUUAAACGCAAUUGGAGCGCACGAGGAAGCAAAGUUCUGUUCACUAGUAAGACAUUGGUAUAAAGCGGAAGACGAUCCAGGAAUACCAGCUAUUAUUCGAUGUGAACACCGCCUUAAAUUUAGAGACUGGCUCUUGGACGGCAUCAAUUUUGGAGAGUUUCCUCCACCAGGCGCUUUUGUCAAAGGUAUUCCAGUUAUUUUGUAUGAAGGGCUAUUGACAGGAAUUGAACGUCGAAUACAACUAUUCCCACUAGUUAAAAGUGGCAGGUACAAUGUCCGGUGUAUUGGCAGCCUUGACGUAGAGAAUUUUUUUGGUGGGUUUCAAGACUACGAUCCUUGGGGAACUGGAGUUCUACGUCCAGAUUCUAUACCAACUGCCAUAAGUGUAGCUGCAGAGUUGCAAGAAGCUAGACUGGAUCCAUACAAGGUAUUCCAUAUGUAUACAAGUUGCAGCAAAGUCUAUCCCAGUACUACGUAUGACAUGAUAAUGGACAUUUCUCCUUCAAGCUUGUCUAUACCGAAGGAUAUAAGUAAUAUUAUUAUCAGAGACCACGGUUUUGAUAAACCUGAAAGGGCUCGUGGAGCCAGAAAAAGGAAAAGAGGAACAGUUAGUAAGCCAGAGGAACCGUCCGCGAAACCUCUUACGGUACGAGAAUUCCAUCGUGCACAUGAAGCAAAAUUGUUACCUCAUGUCAGAAGAGGGCUCCUUCUUAAUGAUGUUUAG